CCGCCAUAUUGACAUUCGACUAUUGAAUUCUUAUAUCGAACUAAUUCCCAACGCAUCAGCUAUUGACGUGUCCCUGUCCAAAAUGUGGUGCCAGAGAUGAUGCACUUGAAUGUCUGCCAAUGAUUCGUCGACUUGAGGGCCUUUCUCGUCGAUUAGUCAAUUGACGUCGGAACUGCAGACGACUGAGAUGCGCGCUGAACGGAGGUACAGCAAGCAACUAACGACGCAACUGUUUCAGGCACCGAUGUCUUUGUCCUAUCAUUGCUCAGCUGUACCUGAGCCAUUCCAGGUUCCGUUACUUUCUCCGCUGUUCCACUAGAUUUUAUCCGUCGGAGACAGUUGGAGCAUUUGUCUGGUUUCCGCCCCGUUCAGCCGAUUCGAAUAGUUAGAUUUGAGCAGGGCACCUCGCUGUUUCCAGUCCACCGGUUCAGACGUCACGCACGGUGCGUGAUUAAUGAAUAUCGGCAUAUCAUCUGGAGAAUUAUUGACUCAAGAUUGGGUUCGAUACUCGCAACUACUACUACCCCUUAACUGCAAAUAGGGGUUUCCGAGGCUCUCCUUGACGGAUGGCUCGGGCUGAGCGGUUGAUACCCACAACAUUAGACUAGAUGCGAGGCUUGUUCGUUAUCUCUUGAAUGUCGCUGUGGAGUGAUUGGGACUGUCGACUAGUUACUAACAAUCCGCAGCUGGGCCAAUAGUUGCAUCCGUUGCGGGAUGUGUCGGAUUCAGACUACAGAGUAUUAUCCAAUCGCAUGCCUCGAUAGAAGCAAAUGACCGACGUCUCAUGUCUUUGUUAUUGAUGUCUCAGAGUUAGAGCCAGCGCUGCUGUUUCUUUAUCCGCUGUUUACAGAGCACGACUCGAAAGCAAACAACAUGCAUACAUUUCUGCGAUAGCCUGACUGGCUGAUUGCCUUGUCGCCUUGAAAUCUAGGCCUCGAUUGCACUAUCUUGGCUGUACAGUUGCAACACUCAAAGCAACCACAGAUUAACAAAGGCGGUUAUGAAUACAAAGCCGUUACUAUACAGCAUCUGGGAUUCUGGAACCCUUGGCAGUCCCAAGAUGUCCGCGUCCAUGGGUGCAUGCAAGGGACUGUUGAACAACCCGCCUAUCGCGGAACCAGUCCGGAACUUGGCCCGUGAGAAAUUAGGUUUGCCAUGCUGCUGGGUCUUUGGUUGUUAUUCACGGGUGGCUUGGCGAAUGUUCUAAUGGAAGACAUGAGAAUAGCGGAGUGAAUGAAAAAUUUCUUGUUACUGACAUGGACAGAAGACUAUAACCAUGACGACUUCAAACCAUCGAGUCUAGCGGAAAUUAGGAGAGCGUGAAAUCAAGUUGACAACCAUGGCUUGAUGACUCAUAUCCCUCGCCUUUAAUCCCGUGCAGAUCCUGUGUUAUGAUGCAAUAUGCAAGUCUUUAUUUCCUCCGAUGCAAGAGACAACUGUGCCUUGGAACGGUUAAUGUCCGGAAGCCUGCGGCCUGGAAGCGAGGCAGAUGUGGUAAUACCAACCAACCUCUCCAUAGGCGUGGGGAUUUGAUCCGGAAGCGAUUGCAUGAGCAGCCCAUGUUUGCUGUGGGACUAUCGUGGUAUGAAGGCAGAUGCGAGGGCUGGAUUGCAAAGUAAGUUUGCACCGGGGACGUAUCGGAGUCAGUGGCAAGGCAAGGGAGAUGAUCAGUACUUUUGCCGAUUACAACGCCCAGAACCUUCCCAGUCUGUUGAGAACGAGCCUAUCGGCGGUUUCAAGUCCAUUCCAACCGGGCCAAUAGCACUGCUCAAUACACUGUUCCAUCAUGGAGCCACUGGUAGGAUUGCCAUGCUAUUUACAGCCCAAAGUCUACUUGUACCUGGUUAAAUCGGCUCCACUAUCCUACACCGUCACUCAGAAUCGAGCCCAUCUUUUGCUCAAACAACACAAAGUGAACUACUGUUCUAGCGGAGACGUAUAUUGGUGAAGCAUUUCGCGCUGGUUAAUAGGAAAUUGACUCGCGUGAACAUGAUCUAGUCAAGGCAUUGUCCAUCCCUACAUAGCCUAGCUAUCCUCAC